AUUAUCGACAAGCUCCUGAUCCUGACACCAUGGUUCAUUUUACAGCGGAAGAGAAGGCUGUUAUCACAAGCCUGUGGGGCAAGGUGAAUGUAGAAGAGACUGGAGCAGAAGUCCUGGGAAGACUCCUGGUUGUCUACCCGUGGACCCAGAGGUUCUUUGACAACUUUGGAAACUUGUCCUCUGCCUCUGCUAUCAUGGGCAAUCCUAAGGUCAAGGACCACGGAAAGAAGGUGCUGACUUCCUUGGGAGAAGCUAUAAAGAACAUGGAUGAUCUCAAGGGAACCUUUGCCCACCUGAGUGAGCUGCACUGUGACAGGCUGCAUGUGGAUCCUGAAAACUUUAAGCUCCUAGGAAAUGAGCUGGUGAUUGUCUUGGCAAAGUAUUUUGGCAAGGAAUUCACCCCGCAGGUGCAGGCUGCCUGGCAGAAGAUGGUUGCUGGAGUGGCCAUUGCCCUGGCCCAUAAGUACCACUGAGCCCUCUGCCCAUGGUGCAGA